AAAAAGCGAGCAGAUGCCUGGAAAGAGCGCAACACAGUGCCACGGAUACUAAGACAAGGAUGGAAAUUAGGAAAUAGAGUGAAGGUGCCCAUAAUAAGAAGACAGUGACAGGUUUACAUUCAGGAUUAUGCAUGGUUCCCUUAGGCAAUAAUAUUACCCCGCAUGCAAUAGAAACAUAGCCUAGUAAGGGGUGAAUAAUUAUUAUAAACGUUCCAUUUAUUGCGUGCUCUCUUCCUCUCGCAACUCUACAUUUUUUCUCACACGUCUGCCGCGCGCGUAAUUGCUCACAAUCUCUCCCUCCCUCCUUCCCUUGUGCCACUCAGUCAUUCACUCUCUCUCUCUCCGCACGCACACACGCGCUCUCUCACUUUUCGUGGGAGAAAGUAGGAAGGGGGAGAGAGAACGAGAGAGAAAGGAGAGGGAGUGAAUUCAGGUCUCUCUCUGCUCUCUCCGCUGUGGGCACUCAUAUCCACUCCGCUGACUCAAUGGGGCUUUAGCACUUGGAAUAUAAAAUCAAAUAUUUAUUGAUCGUACCCCUUUUACUAUUUAAAUGUUGUACAUAGCAUAGGUAGAUAUAGGUAACUUAUUAAAUAAGCGUUAAGAAGAGUUCAAAUACGUUGUUGUUUUUUUGCCUCACAGAAGGUCCAGUCGAAAUUCUCUUCCACUGACUUUCUGUGAGAGAGGAUAUCUAAUUUGAACAUAUCCGAUCUUAUAGUCCAGCGUCAAACAGCUACAAAACAAUGGAUAUUCGAGAUUGCCCUUUUCGGAAGAAGCGGAGACCAUGGAGCGUGGACCUUUCCUCUUUUGCCUUGGUAACUCUGGUGCUCGCGCUGUGCCAACUACCCGUGGCUCGAGCAGAUCCAGUGGAUGUGUUGCGGAUGCUGCAGCUGCCCUCUCUCCCCGAGGGGGUGCGGAAGGUUCCAGGCUUCUGCACCUCCCGGCGCGCCGGUACCGCUGACCACGCCUACCGCAUCUCCAAGAAGGCCCAGAUCUCUGCCCCUACCAAUCAGCUCUUCUCAGGUCGUUUCCCGGAGAACUUCUCCAUCAUGGCUCUGGUCAAGGCCCAUGCGGGCCUCCAGGCCUUCCUGCUGUCCAUCUACAGUGAGCAGGGUGUCCAGCAGCUGGGGGUGGAGCUGGGACGCUCCCCUGUCUUCCUGUACGAGGACCAGACCGGCAAGCCCGCGCCCGAGGACUACCCCCUCUUCAGCGGCGUCAACCUGGCCGACGGCAAGUGGCACCGCAUCGCUAUCUCCGUGUCGAAGAAGAACGUCACUCUGCUCCUGGACUGUAAGAAGCGCAUGACCAGGGCCCUGCCCCGCAGCAAAAGCCCCGUGGUGGACACCAAGGGCAUCACCGUGUUCGGAGCACGCCUGCUGGAUGAGGAGGUCUUCCAGGGUGAUAUCCAACAGCUGCUGAUCGCAUCCAACCCUCAGGCUGCUUAUGACUUCUGUGAACACUACAGCCCCGACUGUGACUCCCCUCUACCCAAGACCCAGUCCCAGGACCCCAACACAUACAAGGAUGCCAAUGGCAUUGCUGACAAACGCAAACCUGUAGUAGUUAAGGCUGCAAAACCUGUAGUAGUUAAGGCGGCAAAACCCAUAGUAGUUAAGGCGGCAAAACCCAUAGUAGUUAAGGCUGUAAAACCUGUAGUAGUUAAGGCUGUAAAACCUGUAGUAAAGGCUGCAAAACCUGUAGUAAAGGCUGCAAAACCUGUAGUAAAGGCUGCAAAACCUGUAGAAGUUAAGGCGGCAAAACCUGUAGUAGUUAAGGCUGCAAAACCUGUAGUAGUUAAGGCUGCAAAACCUGUAGUAGUUAAGGCUGCAAAACCUGUAGUAGAUAAGGCGGCAAAACCUGCCCCAUCCAAACCUGCGAAAGCAGAGAUUGCCAAGCUUGAGGCCAAAGCUGCCGCACCUGCCACAGCCAAACUAGCUAAAACCGAACCUGCUGCCGCCAAGCCCACCAAAGCCAAGCCUUCCCCGGCCAAACAAGCCAAAGCCAAACCAACUGCAAUUGAAGUCCUCCUGGCCAAGAUCAAACCCACUGCAGUCACACCAGUGGUCAAGCCCACACCUGCCACAAAAAAUGGCGGUGGAAAAAAAGUCAAUGGCAAGCCUGUAGUAGAGAAGAAACUAAAUGGUAAUUCCAAGGUCAAUGGCAAUGCCAAACCUGUAGUUGAGAAGAAACUAAAUGGUAAUUCCAAGGUCAAUGGCAAUGCCAAACCUGUAGUAGAGAAGAAAGUAAAAGGUGAGGCCAAAGUUAAUGGCAACGGUAAAACUGCUGAGGAUAAGAAAGUUAAUGGUGAUGGGAAAAGCGGCAGUUACAGAAAAGCUCAUGGCAACGGUGUAGGAGCAGCCAAACCUGGAACCACUAAAGCCCCGACAGACAGAAAAGUCACCAAAGUUCAAAUAGAAAAAACUGUGGUCAGCAAAGUGAAACCAGCAAAACCAGAAACCGAAGUCAAAGUUAAAGUAGUAAAAACCGAGAUCACUAAAGCCAAACCAACAGAGUCGGUCGUCGUCAAAGUUCCUCCCUUCCCCAAACCUGCACCAAAGAAAGAGCUGCCAGAGAAAACCAAGGUGGCGCUUGAUGUAAAUAACAUCAAAUCGAUGACCCAAAAAAUGCCUCCCUUUGGCAAGACUGCACUCAGUGGCACCGUCGUCCCUGUGCCGGAAAAACCAAAGAAGAAACCGGGCAACGGUUAUCAACAGGAUGUAGAAACGGCAAAUUCUGAGGCUGGCCACACCCCUACAGAGUCGGAUUAUUAUUAUGAGGAGGCGGUCCUACAGCCAGAGAGUGAGGUGAUUGGACAAGAAGUGACCACUGGCCAGGUGGAGGGAACGUUGGUGGCAGAGGAGGUAGAGUUGGCCAAGGCAGGGGGUGAGGUCGAGGCCUUUACUGAGGAGGAGUAUGUGACCGGAGACCUGGGCAUGAAGGAAUACGAUUAUUCCUACAAGGACUACAACGAGCCCCUGCCCGAGGGAGAGACCGGGGGCAACAUGGGCCCCGCCCUGUCCGCUGUGACAGACGAGGGAGGCGCCUCAGUGAGCGCCGUAAAAGGCGAGAAGGGAGAGCCUGCUGUCCUUGAGCCUGGUAUGUUGAUUGAGGGACCUCCGGGACCAGAGGGACAGGCAGGUCUCCCGGGACCUAAUGGCCCAUCUGGCCCUCCUGGCUCUGUCGGUGAUCCUGGCGAGAGGGGCCUCCCUGGAAAGGCUGGUAUCGCUGGUGCCGAUGGGGUGCCAGGCCCUCCUGGAACGUCCGUCAUGCUGCCCUUCCGUUUCGGAAGCAGUGGAGGUGACAAGGGUCCCAUGGUCUCAGCGCAGGAAGCCCAGGCUCAGGCCAUUCUGUCUCAGGCCAGGCUGGCUCUGAAGGGACCACCCGGACCAAUGGGCUACACUGGACGCACAGGACCCCUGGGUACCCCUGGAAGUGCUGGGCUGAAGGGUGAAGGUGGGGAUCCUGGACCUCAGGGCCCCAGAGGACCACAGGGUUUGAGCGGACCUCCCGGCAAAUCAGGAAGGAGGGGUCGUGCUGGAGCUGAUGGAGCCAGGGGCAUGCCAGGAGAGGGUGGGCCUAAGGGUGACCGCGGUUUCGAUGGCCUGCCUGGAUUGCCUGGGGACAAAGGACACAGGGGUGAUACCGGAGGAUUGGGACCCCAAGGAGGUCUUGGAGAGGACGGAGAGAGGGGAGACGACGGAGACAUCGGACCCAGAGGACUUCCAGGUGAACCAGGACCUCGUGGUUUGCUCGGUCCUAAAGGUCCGAACGGAAUCUCCGGACCUCCUGGUGUGCGUGGAAACGACGGGCCCCACGGUCCUAAAGGAAACCUGGGUCCCCAAGGAGAGCCAGGCCCCCCAGGGCAGCAGGGUACCUCAGGAACACAGGGAAUGCCAGGACCACAGGGAGCCCAUGGGCCCCCAGGAGAAAAGGGCCCCACAGGGAAACCCGGUCUGCCAGGCAUGUCCGGAGCCGAUGGCCCCCCUGGUCACCCAGGAAAGGAGGGACCUGUUGGCACCAAAGGAAACCAGGGCCCCAACGGUCCUCAGGGAACUAUUGGCUAUCCUGGCCCUCGUGGCAUUAAGGGAACUCAAGGUAUCCGUGGACUGAAGGGUCACAAAGGAGAGAAGGGAGAAGAUGGCUUCCCUGGAAUCAAAGGAGACUUUGGUGUCAAGGGGGAGAGAGGAGAGGGUGGAGUGCCCGGCCCCAGGGGAGAGGACGGUCCUGAGGGGCCAAAGGGCCGCGUUGGCCCCCCUGGCGAGCUUGGACCCAUCGGUCUGGUCGGAGAGAAGGGUAAACUUGGUGUCCCUGGACUUCCGGGCUAUCCUGGAAGACUUGGACCUAAGGGCUCCCUCGGUUUCCCAGGAUUCCCUGGGACCAACGGCGAGAAAGGAACACGGGGUCUGAUUGGAAAGCUGGGACCCAGAGGACAAAGAGGACCAACGGGCCCCAGAGGUCAGAGAGGACCGAGAGGAUCUACUGGCAAACCAGGAGCCAAAGGUACAUCAGGAAGUGACGGCCCAUCUGGUCCACCAGGAGAGAGGGGACUGCCCGGACCUCAAGGAGCAAACGGUUUCCCGGGGCCAAAGGGACCUCCCGGACCACCAGGGAAGGAUGGACUGCCCGGACACCCUGGACAGAGAGGAGAAGUUGGAUUCCAAGGAAAGACUGGGCCACCCGGACCUCCAGGUGUUGUUGGACCUCAAGGUCCCUCAGGAGAGACUGGCCCCCUGGGCGAGCGCGGUCACCCCGGGCCUCCAGGACCACCAGGCGAGCAAGGACUCUCCGGACCCUCUGGUAAGGAGGGAACUAAGGGAGACCCUGGUCCCCAAGGCGGCCCCGGCAAAGAUGGACCCCCAGGACUGAGAGGCUUCCCCGGAGAGAGAGGAAUGCCUGGCACCCCGGGAGGCGGCGGACUGAAAGGAAGCGAAGGCCCAGCAGGACCUCCCGGAACAGCUGGAUCCCCAGGCGAGAGAGGGCAGGGAGGCAGUGGAGGCCCCAUCGGACCCCCAGGAAGACCUGGCCCCCAGGGGCCUCCAGGACCAUCAGGAGAGAAGGGCGUGCCCGGGGAGAAAGGUCCGAUCGGCCCGGCUGGUCGUGAUGGUGUCCAGGGCCCAGUGGGUCUGCCAGGUGCUGCCGGAUCCAUCGGAGUUCCAGGAGAGGACGGAGACAAGGGUGAGGUUGGAGAGCACGGCCAGAAGGGAGCGAAGGGCGGCAAAGGAGAGCAUGGUCCUCCCGGUCCACCAGGGCCAAUGGGUCCACUCGGUCAGCCCGGCGCUGCUGGAGCUGAUGGAGAACUAGGAGCCAGAGGUCAGCAGGGGCCAUUUGGUGCCAAGGGAGAUGAAGGAUCAAGAGGAUUCCCAGGGGCCCCAGGUCCCAUUGGACUGCAGGGAUUGCCAGGCCCAUCAGGAGAGAAGGGAGAGACGGGAGAUGUCGGACCAAUGGGUCCACCUGGCCCCCCAGGACCCCGUGGCCCUGCUGGUUCAAGCGGCGCUGACGGUCCUCAAGGUCCUCCUGGUGGUGUGGGUAACCCUGGAAACCUGGGAGAUAAGGGAGAGCCUGGCGAAGCCGGACCACCUGGAAUCGGAGGAGAGCCAGGGAAGAAGGGCCCACGUGGAGAACACGGAGACAAGGGAGAGGCGGGACAACCUGGUACCUCUGGCCCUGCUGGUGGAAGAGGAGGCCCUGGAGACGACGGACCCAAGGGAAACCCUGGCCCUGUUGGUUUCCCAGGCGACCCCGGGCCCCCUGGUGAACUCGGCCCCAGAGGUCAGGACGGAGCAAAGGGAGAGAGAGGAGAGGACGGUGAACAAGGACAAGCUGGAUCUCCUGGACCCACUGGUGAGAACGGGCCUCCUGGUGGACCAGGAAAGAGGGGUCUUGCUGGAACGAGAGGACCAGAGGGGCGACAGGGAGAGAAGGGAACUAAGGGAGAUCCAGGUGCCAACGGACCUCCAGGAAAGACAGGCCCCGUCGGACCUCAGGGUCAACCAGGAAAACCAGGAACUGAGGGUCUGAGAGGACUCCCUGGAUCAGUGGGCGAGCAGGGUUCUCCGGGCCUUUCCGGCCAGAAGGGACCUCCCGGACCUCUGGGACCGCCAGGUUUGCCAGGACUGCGCGGCGAGGGCGGUGACAAGGGAGAGAAGGGCCACUCGGGUCUGAUUGGUCUGAUUGGGCCCACCGGAGAGCAGGGAGAGAAGGGAGACAGGGGACUGCCAGGGCCACAGGGGACACACGGAUCCAAGGGAGAGACUGGUGUUUCUGGAGGCACUGGGCCCAUCGGUCCUGGUGGCCCUGCUGGUAUGCCCGGUCCCGAAGGUGUGAAGGGAGCUAAGGGUGCUACAGGAGGAGCUGGUCCCAAGGGAGAGAAGGGUGUCUCAGGACCCCCCGGACCUCCAGGUCCUCCAGGCGAAGUCAUCCAGCCAAUGCCCAUCCAAAUCUCCAAGAAGUCCAAGCGCUCCAUCGACGCCAGCCGGAUGCUGUCUGAGACAGACGCAGAGUCGGCUGCAGCCGACGCCACCGGCACAGAGUUCCUGACAGGCAGUGAGGGCAUGGAGGAGAUCUUCGGCUCACUGAACUCGCUGCGACAGGAGAUUGAGACCAUGCGCUUCCCUCUGGGCACCAAGGACAGCCCCGCACGCACCUGCCAGGACCUCAAACUCAGCCAGCCAGAGCUCAAGGACGGAGAGUACUGGAUCGACCCCAACCAGGGUUGCUCUCGCGACUCUCUCAAGGUGUUCUGCAACUUCACCGCUGGUGGGGAGACGUGUCUGUACCCCAGCAAGAGCGUGGACACGGUAAAGCUCAACUCUUGGACCACGGAGAAACCGGGCUCCUGGUACAGUGAGUUUGCAACUGGCAGCAAGCUUUCGUACGUGGACUCUAAUGGCGACCCGAUCGGCGUGGUCCAGUUGGGCUUCCUGCGGUUGCUGAGUGUCCAGGCCCGCCAGAAUUUCACCUAUCACUGCCACCGCUCUGUGGCCUGGGCCGACCGCACUGCCAAUAACGGCCACAAGAGGGCGCUGCACUUCCAGGGCGCCAACGAUGAGGACCUCAGCUACGAGACCAGCCCAUACAUCAAGGCCCUGGUCGACGGCUGCUCUUAUCGUAAGGGCUUCGACAGGACAGUAGUGGAGGUGAACACACCCCAGGUGGAGCAGCUUCCUCUGCGGGACCUCAAGAUCACAGACUUUGGGGAGAGCAACCAGAAAUUUGGCUUUGAAGUGGGACCUGUCUGUUUCCUGGGCUAACACACCGUGCAGAGAAAUGAGAAACAUAAACACAUAUAGAAUAUACACUUACAAUGAUGCACACACACACACACUCUGUCAUACACACACACUCUGUCACACACACACACAUCACAAACAUUGACACAUUUGCAUAGACAUGGCAAUAUACAGUACAUGCCCAGUAAUUUGUACAUUUAUUUCAGGAUAUCAAACACACACACACACACACACACACACACACACACACACACACACACACACACACACACACACACACACACACACACACACACACACACACACACACACACACACACACACACACACACACACACACACACACACACACACACACACACACACACACACACACACACACGCUCUGUUGUGAAAUGGACAUGCACUCACUCAAGUGUAUGCCCAGGGGAAAACAUCUCCCAAAUAGAAAUGGACGACAAGAGAAAAGUAGAACGCAAACAUUCUCGCGAAGAGGAGACCAAAGAUCGAUUGCAAGAAUGAGAGAUGGCGUUCAGACCGUCAACAGAAUAAAACAGUGUUCUUUUCCAACGAACAGCUGGGUCAAAGACCCGUCUCCUCCUUCCGUACACGCCAGAGCCCCCUGUCGCGGACCCCCCCCUCUCACUCCUCUCUCCUUCCCGCUGUCUCUCUACCGAGUUGUCUCAGCCACUCUACCUCUCUGCUUCGCCCUCACCACACACUUGUACCUCUCCUGCAUCCAAGCCCCACCCCAUCCUACGCCUCGCCGCAUUAAGGGGAAACCAACGAAGGAAUGAGAGUUCCACGAAGGCCUGACGGUUCAGAGACGACCAGGAAAGUCUACUGUACGUCCAUGUUGUCUUUGCUAAGUGAAUUUUCUCCAUCAUCUCCACCAGUGAAAUUCUAUACGAAACAAACCAACUAUACCAGCCUAACAUCAGUUACAAUAAAUCAGGUCAAAUAUAAUGCAGGCGGAUGAGUCAAAACUUGACGGUGCUUUGUGGAGCUGGAGUGGAAGCAGAUCUGUGACAUCUCUAGCUCUACCGCAGCUCUAACCUUAAGGUGUGACUAUGAGCAGCCCUUUACUCAAUACUGUAGUAAUAUAGUCCUAACAGCAACGUACUGUCUCUGAGCUGCAUGGCUGUUUAUUUUGGGGCCAAUAAUGUUGCAUGCUAUGGGACAGAAGGGUGUCUAUGCCUUCUCCAAGGACCAAUGAUUCAAAAGCCAUGAACCUUGUAAAUUGUACUGAACGUGACGUGUGGAACAUUUAUUUGUAAUCAAUGUUACAACUGUCAUAGACAGUCCAGAACUGUAGUUCCUAGACAAGCGAAUGGGCCAGAAUGCCAUCAAACCAGUCUAGUACUUACAGGUCUGGAAUUUCAUUACUGUUUCAUGUAGAACACAGGGUUACAUUACAGGAUUUGUGACACUCCGUCUCUUUUCAAGCAAGGAAGGUAUCAGGGUUAAAUAUGUAUAUGAGCUGAA